AUACCUUUGGGAGAACCUGAAAAAAGACACCAUAUGAAUAGUCACCAGAUGAAUAGUUUAGUUAGAUAGUAGUUUAGAUCUGACUUUUUGGACAGUUAAAGUCAGAUCUGUCCACACCUUGGUACACACCUUGAAGCAGUCGACUCUCUGCCUCCUCUGCCUGUUUCAGUGCCAGCUCCUCCGUCACGGUGAUGUAUGCAUUCAAAUGCUGAGUUUUCUUAAUGCGUUUCAGACAUUUUCGACACAGUUCUAAUGGGGAGAUCUUCCCCUCCCUUAGAGCCAAGGACACCUGAUAAAACCGUGAAAUCAACAGACAUCGUUUUCAUUCUGUUUAACGGUAGUUUAUUUUAUUUAUUACCAUUUUAUUUGAGAAAAGGUUGGCAGCGGACUACAGCUUAAUGAAAGUGAGGCUUAAACUUGCAGGUUUGGUUGUCAGUCAAUGCAGGUGAUAGGCUCCCAAACCCAUUAGGUAACUACAUGAUUAUAUGAUCAAUGUAUCGAGCCAAACUAAACACUGUCAAGUUAUAUCUUAUUACAUGCAACAAGGGCACUAACCUCUUUUAUGGUGAGACUGAGCAUAUUGCCACAAUAUUUCAAAACCCAGCGUUUUCCAGGCAACCUUUCGGAAAAUGUGAAGAUCAGAUGGAGGGCGCCAUGUUUGUUUCUGUUUGUAAACCCUGCUCUGUGAUUGGGUAGCGGUUGAGGAAUCGGAGUUCUGAUUGGUUCGUGACGAAAUGUCAGCUCAACUCAGGAAGCGGCACCUUUACUCUGGAGUCCUUUAGUCUUUUUUGGGAUAACGUUACUGGAAUAUCAGGUCGCAUGUCAGAAUGAAUAGGCAUGUAUGUAUUGCGUACAUGCAGAUUCGUUUCUAAUACAGAUUCGCAUUGACCUUAGAUGUAGCCCUAUCUAGUGUUACGUCAUCUCCUGUAACAUUGGGAUCGCUACCGUGCAAGGAACAAACCCUCUGUUAACUCUUAAACAAGAUACAAUACUGAAAGUUGUGUCACGAUGAAUGCUGCAAAACAGAUAAUGUGCAAUAGAUGGUUUCAUCUGGUUAAACAAUAUAAUGCGAGCUCAAUGGUAUUUAGCCAUGGAUGUCACAAAAGACCUUUCAGUACUUCACGCAGCCGAAUGACAGUAAUGCCUGCUUGGGUGAUUGACACAUACGGCGGUAAUGAUGUCCUGCGAUUCACCCGAAACGCAAGCUUCCCUAUUCUAAACUACCCCAAUGAGGUCAUCGUACAAGUGCACGCGGCAGGACUCAAUCCGAUUGAUGUUAGUAUGAGAGGUGGUUAUGGAGCCUCCAGUCUCUCCAUGAAGAGAGACCCUCUGAACCUCAACCAGAAGGGCAGUGAGUUCCCCCUGGUCCUGGGCAGGGACGUGUCCGGCGUGGUCAUGGAGUGUGGGCUGGAUGUGAAGUACUUCAAAGAGGGGGACGAGGUGUGGGCUGCCAUCCCACCAUGGAAACAGGGCAGCUUAGCUGAAUUUGUGUGCUUGAGUGCUAAUGAGGUAUCCCUUAAGCCAAAGUCACUGAGUCAUUCAGCCGCAGCGGCGCUGCCUUAUGUGGCCGCGACGGCCUGGUCGGCGCUGGUCAACACGUGCGGACUCACGCUGGAGAACUCUGCUGAAAAACGGAUUCUGAUUCUGGGAGGAUCUGGAGGCGUUGGAACAUUCGCCAUACAGAUGCUGAAAGCGUGGGGAGGGCACGUGACGGUGACAUGCUCCAAGGACGCAGAGCGUUUGGUCAGGGGCCUAGGGGCCGACCAUGUGGUCGACUACAGUGCUGGUCCCGUGGAGCUCGCUCUCGGCACACUGGAGAAGUUCGACGUGAUCCUGGACAAUGUGGGCGGUGACACGGAGAGCUGGGCCCUGGGCCUGCUGAAGCCCUGGUCCGGGGCCAAGUACGUGACACUGGUCACUCCCUUCCUCCAGAACACCGACCUGCUGGGCGUCGCCGACGGCAUGAUGCAGACCGGCAUCACCGUGGCCUCCAAGGCCCUCAAGCACCUGUGUAAAGGAGUGCACUACAGAUGGGGCUUCUUCAUACCCAACGGUGCCGCUCUGGAUGACAUCAGUGAAAUGGUGGACGCCGGAAAGAUCCGGGCGGUGGUGGAGGCGGAGUUCCCCUUCUCCCAGGUCCCCCAGGCCUUCCAGAAGGUGGAGGAGGGCCACGCCCGGGGCAAGACCGUGGUCCAGGUCACCGGGGGAGGGGGGGACCACGCGGGGCGCUGACACACCCAGCAGGAUAACCGCGGACCGCGGGGGCCCCUUCAGGGACGGAGUUGCCAUGGCGAUGUGCAGCGCUCUCGGUUUCCCUUCAAGAGUUUUAGCAGUGGUCGGGUGCGGACGGUGAACGUGUCGUGUGUGAAUGACUGUUGAUUGGCUUUGGCUGAUGCAAAUGUUGGUUCAAGUGGGAGAAAAAGUGCUCACUUCCUCUUUGGAGUUUUGUAGUGGCUUUGUGAAUGUAAAUAAUAUUAAAUGGUAUCAAAAGGAUUCAUAGUCUUGACUGAUU